UCUUUAGAAAUAAUCUUGUAAUCAGUCCAACAUGAAAGAACUGUCUUAAAAAUUAAGGUGAUUUUGGAGAUUCAGACUCAAGUCCUAUAUUAUUUAUUUGGUUAAUUAAGACAUAUAUACUAAUGCAUCAAAAGUAUGUAAGACGUUCCGAAUAUCUUGAUUGAAGUUGUAAAAUUAUGUUGUCUGCCCUGAGCUCCUGACUCCCAGGCCAGUGAGAUAACAAGCACAAAUUUAGAUUCCAAAGUGGACCCAAAAUUCAUGCUCGCCACACAACAAUAGUUGCACCAAAAAUAGCAUGCCUUAGUAAGGUUUGCCAAUAGGAUCGGAGUGAGGCAAUCUCACCUUAUCCACACUCUAACCACAAUCUUUCACCCAAUUCAUCUUCUCUUGCCACAUCACUCGUUAUCAAAUAUUCUCAAUCACAAAUCUAUUCUACUCAAAGACUACUUUGAAAAAGCCAAUUAAGCUCCGUUAUCUGUAGUAAACAAAGUCUCUUUUGCAGAAAUGGCAGCCAUGAAUUCCUGCGUUUUGGCAUGCAACUACGGUAUCUCAGGCACUGGAUCAUCUUAUCUUAAUGCCAAGCUCACUUCAGUGUCUUCAGUUUAUUCGACAGUUGUAUCUGGCGGUCACAAGUUGCACGUGAUCAGAGCCCAGCAGGCUAAAGUUUCUGAUUCCAAAGAAUCACGUGCCAGUGAAGGAAGAAGAGCUGCUAUGCUGCGUCUGGCAGCUACCCUUUUCACCACGGCUGCUGCUUCUUCUGCAAAUGCUGGGGUCAUUGAUGAUUACCUUGAAAAGAGCAAAGCUAACAAGGAAUUGAAUGACAAGAAAAGGUUGGCCACAAGUGGAGCAAACUUUGCCAGAGCAUACACCGUUGAAUUUGGUAGCUGCAAGUUCCCUGAGAACUUUACUGGCUGCCAGGACCUUGCAAAGCAAAAGUACCAUUCAUCUCUGAUGAUUUGGCCUUGGAGUGUGAAGGAAAGGACAAAUACAAGUGUGGUUCCAAUGUUUUCUGGAAAUGGUGAAGAGAUCCAAAUGUAUUUUUCACUAAAACCAUCGACUCUACCUCAACAUGUAUCUAAUUUUCCCAUUUUAAGAAACUUCCAUAUCCAUCUGUUUUCUCAUUUUUCUUUGUAUGGUUUUGUUCUAUUUCCUUAUUUCCAUAUUCAAAUUUCCACAGAGAAUAAAUUGGAGAAAGGCAAUUAGGAGAUUUAUACCUAACGUAAAACGAAAUUCAAUUGCUGUUCAAAAACAAAAGGAGCAAAUGAAUUAAAUUUUUGCAAGAUAAGAAAUAUUUGUUGUGCCUGAAGUAAUAAACACAACAACACAGAAGCAAUAUAUCGCAAUAAAUCCACAAUAAUGGACAACAAUCAACAAUGUAGGAAAAAUAAAGUAUAUCAAGAUUUACAUGGAAAACACUUCAGUGUAGAGGGAA